AUGACAAACUCAACAGUCGCCGUGGGAAGAAGGCCGACAGACUGGAACAACUUUUACAAAAACGGCCUGCCCAAGGAGAUCAUUGUCAUCGACGACGACACCCCUCCUCCGCCUUCUCUCUCGUCCUCGUCUACUUCUACCUCGUCCUCGGCUUCAGCCCAACAUCCACCAGCCAAUGGAUCCUCACAGCGCUAUCAUGUCAUCCAGCCCCAGAUGCAUCCUGCCUAUGUCCACUCAGCCAUGCCUACAUCUCAGGCCGGCGCAGGAUCAAUACAGGCAACCACAUCCCGAGUGACAAGGAGGACCAACAAGAGACAGCCUUCGAGUGAUCUGAUCUCCUCUGGAAGCAACGGCGGACAGUCAAUCAUCUCCAAUGUACAUUACGCAUACCCUAACCAAUAUUCAAACGGACAACAACAGCGCAACGACCCGCACUCUGGACCCAUCUAUGGCAACCACAACCAGCCAACGCAAUUGCCACAUGCUGGACCAUCCACCAACGCCGCCGCUAUCCCACCAGCCAAGAAGAAGAGGCGAUCGAACGCGGAGAUCAAGCAAGCGCAACAACAGCAGGGUGGUCAGGAAAACCACCCCCUCUACUAUCUCCCAGCACCUGUCAACCUCGCCAACCCACCGCCAGCGAAUCGUGAUGCCCCCAUCAACAUACCCCCUUGGGACGACAAGGAAGGUCACUACAUUGUUACCCCGGACGACGAUUUCACAUCACGAUACAAAAUUAUUCGACUACUGGGACAGGGGACAUUUGGAAAGGUUGUGGAGUGCUUUGACCGAGAGAGCGGGAGGUAUUGCGCCAUCAAGAUCAUCCGGGCUGUUCAAAACAAAUGCCUUCACUUGAACGACUGCUUCGACUACCGGAAUCACGUCUGUAUGGUGUUUGAUCUCCUGGGACAAUCGAUAUACGACUGGCUCAAGGACAACUCGUUCUGCCCAUUUCCACCCAACCAAGUCCAGUAUUUUGCCCGGCAGCUCCUUACAAGUGUCGCAUUCUUGCACCGGUUGAGGCUGAUUCACACGGAUUUGAAACCGGAAAACAUCUUGCUGGCGAACGGUGCAUAUCGUCAAGUGCCAUACAAAAUGCGAAGGAUAUUAAUGGACCCAGAGAUUCGCCUGAUUGACUUUGGCAGCGCAACCUUCCAGGAUGAACACCACUCUACAGUUGUCAGCACACGCCACUACCGGGCACCCGAGAUCAUUCUGGGUCUUGGAUGGUCAUACCCAUGCGAUAUCUGGUCGAUUGGAUGUAUCCUUGUGGAAUUCUUGACAGGCGAGGCCCUUUUCCAAACGCACGACAACUUGGAACACUUGGCCAUGAUGCAGGCCGUCCUUGGACCCAUCCCCGAUAAACUCAUCCGCUCCACACAUAAAUCGGCGCAAAAGUUCUUUCUGCACGGACGACUGGAUUACCCUAAUGACGAGACGAAACGCAACAGCCGGAAAUAUGUCAAAGCGCUGAAGCCUCUCAAGGACUAUGUGGUACCAGCAGGGAACAGAGUGGAGAACCUGCAGUUCGCGGCAGAGUUGAAGGACCUUCUGAGUCUGCUGUUGACAUACGACCCUGAGAAACGGAUCACGGCUGCUCAAGCGUUGAAGCAUCCUUAUUUCAGCUACAUUGUUGAUGAAAGCGGACAGAUCACGGGCAAAAAGGCGUCAGAACCCUUCCAUCCCCCACGAUAA